AUGGAAUGGCUUAACAAGUUUAAUGCCAUGGAUUCAAGGCUCGAUAAGAACUUCAGGGAGCUGGAUGAUUUCUUUGACAAGUUAAUACAGGAGCAUCACGAUCCCCAGAGAAUUAAACCCGACCACGAUGAUCCUGUUGAUGUAUUGCUCCGAAUCCAGGGAGAUGCAGCCCAAGCAAUCAGAGGGUUCCAAAUUCGGGUCAAAACAAGAGCUUCAAUUGCUACUGACCCUACAUUCUGGGAAAAGCGAAAUGACUUCAAGCCAGAAAGAUUCUUGAAUAGCUCUGUGGAUUCCAGAGGGCAAAAUUUUGAGCUGAUCCGGUACGGGACAGGGAGGAGUUGUCCUGGAAUUGAUUUUUCUGUCCCAGUCAUUGAGCUUGCCGUUGCUAAUCUUCUGGCUCUAUUUAAUUGGUCACUUCGUGAAGGAAUAUUUACUGAAGAUUUAGAUAUAGAAGAAGCAUUGGGACUCACAGUGCACAAGAAAAGUCAAGUGAAGUAA